UGGAUAUCACCUCUGAUGAAUUCAUCUUGGAUGAAGUGGAUGGUAAGUGGGUGUGGUCUCAGACACUAUUCAAAGCAGGUGGAACUGGAGCUGCAGCAGAUUGAGCAGAAAUCAAUCCGGGACUAUAUCCAAGAGAGCGAAAACAUAGGGUCUCUGCACAAUCAGAUCACAGCCUGUGACACAUUCUUGGAGCGCAUGGAGCAGAUGCUGGGAGCUUUUCAGAGCGACCUCAGCUCCAUCAGCUCUGAGAUCCGGGCCCUGCAGGAGCAGUCAGGGGCCAUGAAUAUCCGACUUCGUAACCCACAAGCAGUUCGGUGGAAGCUUGGGGAACACGUCGAUGGACUGGUGGUGCCCUCUGCUCUGGUCACAGCAAUUCUGGAAGCUCCUGUGACCGAGCCCAGGUUCCUGGAGCAGCUGCAGGAGCUGGAUGCCAAGGCAGCAGCAGUCAGAGAGCAGGAGGCUAGAGGCACCGCUGCCUGUGCUGAUGUCAGAGGUGUGCUCGACCGCCUCCGCGUCAAGGCAGUGACGAAGAUCCGCGAGUUCAUUCUCCAGAAGAUUUACUCGUUCAGAAAGCCGAUGACCAACUAUCAGAUCCCCCAGACGGCCCUGAUGAAGUACAGGUUUUUCUAUCAGUUCCUGCUGGGCAAUGAGCGCAACAAGGAGAUCAGGGAUGAGUACGUGGAGACGCUGAGCAAGAUCUACCUGUCCUACUACCGCUCUUAUGUGGGCCUGCUCAUGAAAGUGCAGUAUGAGGAAGUUGCUGAGAAAGGGUAUCUAAUGGGUGUAGAAGACCCAGCAAAGAAAGGCUUCUUCUCAAAGCCGUCCCUCCGAAGCAGGAACACCAUCUUUAUCCUGGGCACCCGUGGUGCUGUCAUCUCACCGGCCGAACUCGAGGCCCCCAUCCUGGUGCCCCACACUGCCCAGCGUGGAGAGCAGAGGUAUCCGUUUGAAGCGCUCUUCCGCAGCCAGCACUAUGCCCCCCUAGACAAUUCUUGCCGUGAAUAUGUUUUCAUCUGUGAAUUUUUCAUCGUGUCUGGCCCGGCUGCACAUGACCUGUUCCACGCUGUUAUGGACCACACGCUCUCCAUGACGCUGAAACACCUGGAGUCCUACCUGGCCGCCUGCUACGACACCAUUGCUGUUUUCCUCUGUAUCCACAUUGUUCUCCGGUUCUGCAACAUUGCAGCAAAGAGGGACGUCCCUGCCCUGGACAGGUACUGGGAGCAGGUGCUUGCCUUGCUGUGGCCUCGGUUUGAGCUGAUCCUGGAGAUGAAUGUCCAGAGUGUCCGCAGCACUGAUCCCCAGCGCCUUGGGUGACUGGACACUCGGCCCCACUAUAUCACAUACCACUAUGCUGAGUUCUCCUCUGCACUUGUCAGCAUCAACCAGACCAUCCCCAAUGAAUACAUGCUGCAGCUGCUGGGACAGAUCCAGGUGGAGGUGGAGAAUUUUGUCCUCCGAGUGGCUGCGGAGUUCUCCUCCAGGAAAGAGCAGCUUGUGUUUCUGAUCAACAACUAUGACAUGAUGCUCAGUGUGCUGAUGGAGCAGGCUGCUGAUGACAGCAAAGAGGUGGAGAGUUUCCAGCAGCUGCUCAAUGCUUGGACACAGGAGUUCAUUGAGGAGUUGCUGUCUCCCCCCUUUGGGGGUCUGGUGACAUUCGUGAAGGAGGCUGAGGCCUUGAUUGAGCGUGGGCAGGCCGAGCAGCUCCGAGGGAAGGAAGCCCGAGUCACUCAGCUGAUCCAUGGCUUUGGUAGUUCCUGGAAGGCGUCCAUGGAGUCCCUGAGUCAGGAUGUAAUGCGGAGUUUUACCAACUUUCGAAAUGGAACCAGCAUCAUCCAGGAGGCGCUGACCCAGCUGAUCCAGCUGUACCAUUGCUUCCAUGGGGUGCUGUUCCAGCCCCAGCUCCGAGCGCUCCAGGCCAGGGCCAAGCUCAUCAACAUCCAUCACCUCAUGGUGGAGCUGAAGAAACACAAGCCGAACUUCUGAUUCAGACCCACCGUGGCCCUGAGCUCCCAUGGACUCUGUAGGUUGCAUACUGUCACCUGGGACCCCCUUUCCCAUUCCUGUUAUCUCCAAGGCUUCCACACACCCCACUCAGCCUCCAUUGCCAGGACUCUGUCUCAACAGAGUGUCAGCUCUUCCGCUGUUGAAUCACACCUGUAAGCUUUCCCGCCCCAGUCUCUGACUGACCCUCAGCUCUUAGGGCAGAGCUCUUAGGACACACGCCACCCUGUAGCUGAUCUUCGGGCUCUUCUGGGACAAUGAUGUCUCCUCCUGGCGCGGCUCACUCUGUGGCAAUAUAAGUACUUACUCUGC